AUGGAAAGACGAGAACAGGGGAGAUGUGCUCCUCCAACUCCAUCCCCUUCCAAAUUUGCUGCGUACCAAAACCCAGCAUUCUCUGCUGCCCUAACGGUCAAAAGCCUCCUGCCCUCUAAAUCCGCUCUCCUCUUCAUCUUUUCUCUAUCCUCCGCUUCCGCCUUUUCUCUUAUCUCCAUCAUCUCCAGGGAAAAUGGGUUGAUUGAAAUGUUGAGCUUCAGAGUUUUUUCACAAGAAGUGGCUUAUUUGUUUGCCAAGGCAGUGCAGGCAGUGGUGGGUUUAGUAUUUAUUGGAUCUGUAUUUUCCAUCUUUAAGGUCAUCUCUUUGUACAGAGUAAAAAAUGCUGGUGUGCCUAUAACAUCUCCCUCUAAAGAUCAACCACGGCUAACAAACCGUCAACUGGGGCUUAUAGGAGUAAGGCCAAAAGUUGAGCCUGUUUUAUCUGAAUCUUCAAAGAAACCUCCCAAGUCUAACCCCGCACCAUCUGCUUCCAAUGUCCUUGUUCCAAUUCAUCAGCUAAUUACCCGUUCCCAUCAGAAGUCUCAAGUUGGCUCUGAUAAAUCAAAUACUGGCAGUGGAAAUAAGAUGGCCUCUUUUAGCACCUCAUCCAAAUCACGGAAUUCUCCAUCUUCUUUUUAUCUUGUCCCUGGGAUCAAUUCACCUCUGCCUUCUGUUCAGAGCUCUCCAGGGAUUGAUUCAGCAGUCUCAACCCCUUGGUCAGAUAAGCGGGCAUCCUCUACUAAAGAGAUAACAACAGAAGAACAGCUUGAGCAAUUCUUGGCAGAAGUAGAUGAGAAAAUCACUGAAUCAGCUGGUAAAUAUGCCACUCCACCUCCCACCAUUGGGGGUUUUGGCAUGACUAGCCCUAAUACUGUGGCAAGUCCCGCUAAUACCUCUGGAGCUACGAGGAGCACACCCUUGAGGCCUGUGAGGAUGUCUCCUGGUUCCCAGAAAUUUACCACUCCCCCAAAGAAAGGAGAGGGUGACCUUCCUCCACCAAUGUCCAUGGAAGAGUCCAUUGAAGCUUUCAAAUAUUUGGGCAUCUAUCCUCAAAUUGAGCUCUGGCAUGACCGCCUCAGGCAAUGGUUUUCAUCAGUUUUACUCAAUCCUCUGCUUGACAAGAUUGAAAGCAGUCAUAUUAAGGUAAUGCAAGCAGCUGCCAAACUUGGUAUCUCGAUCACAAUUAGUCAAGUGGGAAGUGAUACACCAAGUGAAAAUCAUGCUACCAUGUCUUCAGUUGAUAGGAAGGAAUGGCAACCAGCAUUCUCUCUUGAUGAAGAUGGACUUCUCAGUCAGUUACGUGCUACUCUUCAACAGGCACUUGAUGCUUCCAUCCCUAAGUUACUUUUAUCCAGUCUCCAACAAUCCCCACAGCAAAAUCCUAUGAUACCAAUUAUGCAGCUGUGUGUGGAUGCCAUCACUGAACACCAGAGGCUUCUUGCAUUAAUGAGAGGAGAGUGGGCCAGAGGUUUGCUGCCACAUAGCAAUGUUCGGGAAAUUUAUAUGGUUCAAAGGAUCCGAGAGCUUGCUGAAGGCACCUGCUUGAAGAAUUAUGACUAUCUGGGAAGUGGGGAAGUUUAUGACAAAAAGAACAAAAAGUGGACUCUUGGGCUUCCAAAUGAUUCUCAUUUGCUUCUAUAUCUAUUUUGUGCUUUCCUUGAAUACCCAAAGUGGAUGUUGCAUGUAGAUCCUACAUCUAAUACUGGAGCUCAGUCUAGUAAGAACCCCUUGUUCUUGGGGGUUCUGCCUUCUAGAGAAACGUUCCCUGAAAAGUACAUUUCUGUCAUAUCUUGUGCUCCUUCCAUUCUUCACCCAGGAGCUUUAGUACUAGCUGUUGGAAAGCAAAGCCCUGCUGUAUUUGCUUUAUACUGGGAUCAGAAGCUGCAGUUGUCUCUUCAGGGAAGAACAGCUUUGUGGGAUUCCAUCUCGCUCCUGUGCCAUAGGAUCAAGGUUGGAUAUGGAGCUGUAGUUCGGGGCAUGCAUCUUGGUUCAUCAGCCUUGAGCGUCUGUGCAGUUCUUGAGUCAGAAACCGAAGACUGA